GUGGUCGGGUGGUGUUGUGUCGUUUUAUGUACAUUCGUUUCAGUCGCGUAUCUUGUUUCUGACUUAAUUUCUACUACUAUUUUAUGAUGCAUCUUUUUAUUGCUGUUGUUGCAUGAAUAUUGUUGGCCGCUGGCCCGUUGUUGUCGUUGUUGUAAAAUAACCUCUGUGUCGUGUAGCUGGUAUCGUCAAUGGCUGCUGAUUCCGAUGAUUCUCUCUUGGUUUUAUUGUCUAUUUUGCCCUAUAACACCGAUUUGCUCCUUCUACUGGCCACACCAUAGAAAUACAUUUAAAAUUAAAAUAAAACUACAUACAAAUGAACAUAAAAAAAAACGCGAUUGAAAAAAGAUAAUAUCGACAUAUUCACAUUUGCACUUGGGUGUUGGCAAUUAAAAAAUCAUUUCGGAAUUAAUUCAUACUCGAAGUACAAACGAAUGUAUACACUUGCAUUGCCGAACAAAUAAGCCAAUAUGUAUAGACGAACUAAUAGCAGCGAAAGAAAUUUGUAAUGAAAAUGUUUUCCACAAUAAUCGCCAGAUCAAUACCUAUAAUAUUCGAACUUACUUCAAGUACAUAUUCCCAAAUCGACUAAUAUAACACAUCAGCGCAGUUGCAGCGGCCGUUGAAGGAAACCACAAGCCCCUUACAACAGCAACUGCGAACAGAAGAUUACACUUGGAUUGAGUCGAAACAAGUAAUGAAUGAGAAAAUAAAAUCACCCUCUGGGCAGGGUGGUGCAGCUGGAGGAGCCGGUGCAGGACCACCGAGCGGACCCGGCGGUACAGCCGGCUCUGGCGGACCUGGUAGUGGUGGUAAUGUUGGUCCAGGCUCCGUAGUUCCCGGUGGUCCAGCGACACCCAACUCAACAAUAGGCAGUGGACCGCCAGUUGGUGGUCCACCAGCAUCAAAUAACGGCAGUGAUCCACAACAACAAACAGUUCCACAUACAUAUGGACCGCCAGGCGGUGACCCAGCAGCGGCAAUAUCACAUUAUCAUCUACACCAACAACCGCAUCCACAACAACAUUUGCCCCAUCAACAGGGUGGUCCUGGUGGCCCUGGUGGCCCACAGAAUCCCGGAGAACAUCCACAAAAAGAUGAAUAUGGACAAAGUCCCUUGGGUGGACCGCCACCGGGUGGACAUCAUCCCGUUUAUGGACGUUAUCAUCAUCCAGAUCCAAACAUUGAUCCCUAUCGCUAUGGGCAUUCUCCCAUGCAGCAGCCACCACCCGGUGGUAAGCCGCAACAGCAACCGGGACCACCGACGGGACCUGGAGGCGGUAUAGCCUCACCAAGUCGACCACCACAACAACGAUAUAUUCCAGGGCAGCCACCACAAGGUCCUACACCCACAUUGAAUUCGUUGCUACAAUCGUCGCAUCCACAGCCACCACCACAACAUCGUUACGCAAAUAGCUAUGAUCCACAACAACAGCAACAACAAAUUCCACAACAGCAACAACAGGGCGGACCACAGGCUCCACACGGCCCGCCACCGCCACCACAUCAACCAUAUGGAACGCAACAAGGCUGGGCACCACCACCGCGUCCAUACAGUCCACAAUUGGGGCCCGCACAGGCCUAUCGAACACCACCACCGGUAAGUGGAAAGAGAAGCUUUUUAUAUUUGACAUUCAAAACAAUUACUCGCUGACUUGUCAAUUUCAUU